GAUUUUCCUCAAUCUGGUGCUGCUGGGGGCCGAGGUGGAUGCCUCUGCCAGCCUUCCUUCCGACGAGCGGCUGCACGGCUUCUACGUACUCAACAUGAUCAUUGUGGCGUUGUUCGUUGUCGAGAUCGCUUUAAAGUUCGCGGCAUACACGUGCAAAGGAUUCUUUCAAGGAAGCGACAGGCUUUGGAACAUCUUCGAUUUCUCGAUUGUAAUGCUAAGUGUUGGCGAGAUCAUUGCCGAUGUGGUUGACCAACUCACUUCUGACGGGCGCUACGCUGACUCGGACAUCA